CAUUCUCACCAUGUUGUUUGUCCUCAGCUUCCACCAUUAAAGAAAUGCGGACAAAAUGAACCCCAAAUUCAAAUGAAAUGAAAUGAAAUGUGGGCCACCUUCCGUCCCCGGCUUUGGCUGAUCGAAGAUGUUAUAUAUACAAGUGCCGCCUUCCGGGGCCAGUCUAUGUUCAAGCCUCCCUUCUCUCUCAUGGAGUUUUAGCUCCUUCACGUUAGGUUAGUUACUUAUCUUAGGUUCAAUUCUCCCCGGAAAGUCAGGAUUCCGGUCGCCGUCGGCGGUAGUGGGCACUGGUCAAGACGCGUAUAUUACAUAUAUAUGGCGAAGGGUGGCCGGAAAUUGACGACCAGUCGGAGCGAGCGGUUGCUAGGAAGCUAUAAUUACGGUCACGGGACGGGGGCGGACACGUCGGAGCUAGGGGAAGAAGAUGUGUGGUCGAUGGUCGGGGACGAUCACACGGCGAACGGCUCUGUCGGAGAGUGGAGUCCACGCUCAGCGGCGGAGAGUAAUGGGCGCGUGGGAUUGAGAAGCCACCAGCGACUGCCGCCAGACGAUCGCAACGUGGGGGGGCUGUCGCUGGCGUUUGAUGAUCCGGGGAAAACGGCGUCGUCGAGGAUUGUCCACCAGUUCCGCAGCCAGGACAGCGUGGUGAGCCCACGCGGACGCCACAUGGCCACCUCGGCGCCGGUGAAUGUCCCCGACUGGUCGAAGAUCUACCGGGUUGACUCCGUCGAGUCGCUGCACGACUCCGACGACGGCGUUGACGAUCACGAAUCGGAGAUGGUUCCGCCGCACGAAUACUUGGCGCGUGAGUACCGGAAGAUGGCGGCGAACUCGGUGGUGGAAGGCGCCGGCCGGACGCUGAAGGGCCGGGACAUUUGCCGAGUUCGUGAUGCCGUCUGGAGCCAGACCGGCUUCGACGGUUAACCUUUAAAAAAAAAAAAAAAAAAAACUCUUUUGUUCCCCACGUAAGGUGAUGGUUUUUGUUGUUCUAAUCAUUGGUUGGAAUUUAUUGUCAAAUUUUUUGUUGGGCAAUGAAUCGACCGAGUGAGCUCGGAUGAACGGGUCAACUCGGUGGCGACUGAGCCCAGCCAGAUUUAUCGUCAGCUCCUCCUCCAUCUCUACUCUCAGUGUCCUGCGUUGGAAUUCAAAGUUGUAGCUUUCAUGCAACCUAAUAUGAUUCCAAAUAUUUGAGAUUAACAACA